CACUGAUGGAAACUGGGUGGCUUUGCAGAAUGUUGCUUUGCCUCGUCCUCGAAUGCUCGCCAAACCAAAGAGUCAAGUAUUCAAAGCUUUGGAGAAUGAAUCCAGCAUUGUGUCUGCCUAUGACGAGAUGGGCUCAGACAGCGAGGAUGACUACGACUGGAAUGUGGCCUUGAACAAGCUGCGUCGGAGACCUCGGCAGUUACCAGAUGAUUUCUAUUAUACCAAUUCCCAGUAUAGUACUGAAUGGGUUUAUGGCAAUGAUGAGUACCAGGCAGUGACCUCCCCUUCCUCUGGGUUGUACACCAAUACUGAAACACUGUUCUCCGAUUCGGAAACAUCGUCAGUAAACUCAUCCCAGGAAGCUAAAGGACCUAGCAAACUUCUCUGGUUACAAAGCAGAACUCAAAGCGAUACGCCCAGAAUGGAAAAAAAACAUUUCCAUGGAGAACUGGAUGUAAAUUUCAAUCCACAGGCAACCAGCUUGGAGUAUUCAGACAGCAGUGAGACUGAAGAAGUCCAUUAUGAUUUAGAAAAGAGAUCAAGAAUGUGGAGGAAGAACAAAGCAAUCUCUGAAGAAUUAUGUGAAGAAAAAAAUCACACGAAAGCCAACAAGAUGAAUUUAAGUCAGGAUUUGGAUGAUUUAUCAGAAACAGAUAUAAGCGGUGAGGAUCAGCAUCAUAUCAAGCCGGACCAUACAGAGGAGGAGCCUAAAUCCAGAUUAUUUCAGCUUGCUGCUAAAAUGAGUGACAAGGGAACGUCUUCUGGUGAAGAUCAAGAGUCAGAACCUAGAACAGACCCUGAAAACCAGAAGGAGAGUUUGGACUCGGAGGAAAAUGACAGAAGUAUUCAGGAAGAGUUAAAGAAGAAGUACUCAGCUGUCUCUCUCUGCAACAUAUCUACGGAAGUCCUGAAAGUCAUCAAUGCCACUGAAGAACUGAUAGCAGAAUCCACCGGUCCCUGUGAUUUCCCAGCUGACAUUCAGGACAAAGAAAGAGGGACCUUUCCACUGGGGACGGACCCUGUCAGACUUGAUGAGCAGCUCACCACACUGGAAGAAAACGUGUACCUGACGGCCAGCACGGUGUACGGGCUGGAGGGGCAGCUGACCAACCUGGAAGACGCCGCACGCAAGAUCAACAGUGUUACUGCAGAAUCUGAGCUGGCUGAUCUGGAGGAUCAGGUGGCCACAGCAGCCGCCCAGGUUCAUCACGCGGAGCUUCAGAUUUCAGAUAUUGAGAGCAGAAUAUCAGCUCUCACUGUUGCAGGCUUGAACGUGGCUCCAUGUGUUCGCCUGACAAGGAAACGGGAUCAAAAGCAAACAAACCAGAUGCAUACAAUAGACACAUCAAGACAGCAGAGGAGAAAACUUCCAGCUCCACCAAUAAAAGGUGAAAAAGCAGAUGGUUCUCCAGUUACCACAGUCAGGACAUUUAACAGAAACUUCAUACUUCAAGGAUCUCUAACACAAAGAACUAAAGAGAGGAAAAGCACUGCCAAGGACUUAAUGGAACCUGCUAUAGGAUCUGCUGUGAUGUACUAA